UGCUAGUGUGUUCCACAUUUAUCUGAACACGUACGUGGAAUGGAUCAUCAUCAGAUUAAUAUAUAAAAUUCAAUCAGAGAAUAUUUAAAAUCAAAAGUUAUAACUUUCAUCAAAGACAACGGUAGUUCAAUGACAGAGAAAAGACAACGAAGUCGAUGACCAAUAUUAAGUAAAUGGAAAAUGUGCAAGGUUUUUGUGGGAUAAAACAAGAAUAUACGAGUGCCACAGAUAAAAUAAAUACAGUUCGACUGAAGAAAGAGCCCGAUGUAUACCAAACUGAUUACAAACAGACUAAUAUUGAGGAUAAUAGAACAGAAAAAGUCAAAUCUGUAUUUAAUGUAACAUCUGUAUCUGAAUGUCAUUCGACAUGCGCACAAGAUUCGCUUAUUGGGGAUUCGCCAAGGCACGUAAAGUUUGAGAAAGAAAAUGAUGAAAUCGGUACGGAUAAUGGUCUUGAGAUUAGUACAAAUGAUUGUAGUAAUGAAUGUGAAAUUUGCUCCAAAGAUUUUUCAAGUUUCAGCAAUUUAAGAAGUCACAUGACUACUCAUAGAGGGAAAUCACGUAAUAGUAAGAAAUUUAAGUGUGAGAUUUGUGGAAGGACUUUUGAGAAGAUUUACCUACUUGUAAAUCACGAAAGAUCUCACAUCGGUGAUGUUGUAAGAGAUGAUAAACAGUUAAAAUUCAAAUGUGGAGUGUGUGGAAAACAAGAGCCGGAUAAGAGAGGAUUUGAGAACCAUUUGAGAGUUCAUACAGGCGAACGACCUUUUCAGUGUGACGUGUGUGAUCUAUCUUUCAAACAGAAAAGCCAUCUCAGACGACACAGUAGUGUUCACACGGGAGAAUUUUUACACGAAGGAAGUUUUAUACAGUGUGAAAUCUGUGGUAGACAUUUUGGACAAAAUCAUCAGCUUAUUCGUCACAUGAAAUGCCACUACCCGCCGGCUAAGAAGGAAUACAAAUGUGACCUUUGUCCAAAAGAGUUCACCGAAAAGCAUCAUCUCGUACGACAUGCUCGCUUACAUACUGGUGAAAAACCUUAUAAAUGUGAUUUUUGUGGACGAUGCUUUACUACUGACUCUGGUUUGACUAUUCACCGUAGACUUCAUACAAAUGAGAAACCUUACACGUGUAGUUUGUGUGACAAGUCAUAUACACAAUCAUCAUCAUUGAAGCUUCACAUGCUUGUGCAUUCUGGAGAACCUCGUUAUACGUGCACAGAAUGCGGAGAGGAAUUUGAUAAACUUAGCCAUUUUAAAAAACACAAGCAUUGAAAUGUCGAGGUGUAUACUAUGGUACUGUAAUACGGCAUUUCUGUAAUGACUGAUCCUUUAAAAAAUGUCCAAUAUCGCUAAUGUAAAUUAUGACUGUAUUGAUUUUGAGAAUUCUGGUACCCCCAAUUUCUGUAAAAGACAGAAAAACAGUAUAUUUACUAAACGUUUUGAUGGACAUAUCUACAGUAUUAGUUUUUUUGAUAAAAAAAAUUAUAUUUCUU